AUGGUACCCUCCCGUCGUUUUAUUCUCAUGCUACUAUUUUAUUCUGUUAAUGCUUCGCAUUUUCACGGUGGCAUAGUGACAUAUAAACCAGUUAAUAAUACAAUAACAACAGCAGCUUGUGGCGGUUAUACACCGAUACACUAUAAUGAAUAUUGCACGGAUUUCAGUGUUGCGCUUGGUUCAAUAUCCGGCAGCGUAUCCACUAUUAGCACAUUAGCAACAAAUUCAAGUUUUACCGUACAGUAUGCUGAUCAGUCUUGGAUUACCCUUGCCAUUGGCGGUAGUACUGCUUACUGGUCAAUUACAUGUCAUAUUAAUUUAGUUGUUCGUCCGGAUGGUAUUAUUAAUACGGCACCGAGUGCCACAAUUAUUUCUCAUGCAGAUGGUCUGUCAAUACUAGCUCAUAUGAUGAAUGCAGGCCGGGAUGUUUGUCAUGCCGUACCAAGUACUGCCUUGCUUAUUCAAGAUAUUUGUACACUGAUAUUUAAUAGUACUGGUACCACUGUCGGCAGUUAUUAUGCUGUUGCUUUACAACUUGAAGAUUUUUGGAAUUCAACAACCAUAUCGACGGCAAUGAGUAGCAUACCAAUCCAAUUUUUAGUUAAAAUUUUUUCACCGCCCUCUAAUGGAUGUACACUGACGCCAACUCUGACAGCUAAUGUUUCUGCGUGUACAGCUAUCAUUGUUGACGUACCAUUUUCGUUUCAAGUUAAUGCCAACAUUGGGUGUGGUGGAACAACAAUUCAAGAUAUUUUCCGUACGCCACCACUGUACAUGUAUAAGACAACAUUGACUCAAACUUCGCCAACUGUGUGGACGUUGCAAGAAAACUGGACACCACAACAAUACUCAAGUCCCGGUGCAACAACAACUACAAGCGCUCCGAUAACGAAUGCUGUCGUAACGAGUGUCGCUGCGACUACAACUACAAACACUCCGACAACGAAUGACGUGACGACGACUGCUAUAACGACGACCCAGUAUACAACAGAAACAGUUGGAACAACGUAA